AUGACAGACAAGACAGGCGCCACCACGAUGCCCCAGGAGGCUCCCGGCCUGGCCAACCUGGCUCCUCCUCAGUCUCCGGAGACAAGAGACAGAAGGAUGAGCGACGAAUGGGACGCCUCCAAGGUCCCGCCGUCCCGUUUCCAGAAGCGCAAGGGCUCCAUCUACUCGACGCCCAGCUCUAGAGACGGCCAUGUCGACUCGAAUUACGCCCAGAAAUACCACGAAAAGCUGGCUGAAAAGGGCUAUAACAAGCAGAAAUAA